AUGAAGUCGCCAUUGCCUGAGUACAGCGUUGAAGACUUAUCUGAAAUGACAAUGUUCAGUCCUCUGCCCAAUGAUGACGAAGAUGAUGAACUCAGACAGCAAAGCGACAGUAACUUCAGCAACACAAAUUGCUUUCAAAGUGGUGGCAGUGGGCAAAAUACAGAACAUCCGCAUCUAUUUGAAACUCAUGUUCCAAGACGCUGUUCUAAAGGCCAGUCUCCCGAGGGAAUAAAUACUGGCUCGGAUCCUUCAUGGACAUCGAGGAGUUCUGACGACAACGUCACCUACCCAGACCUCGCCUCAUCGUUGGAUUCACCCAGACACAGCAACCUAGAUAUGCUACAGGCUACAUCACCGCUCACACUUAAAAGUCAAGCGGAGAUAGAUGAGGAGUGGAAACUGGCUCUUCAGUUGCAAAAAGAAGAGGACUAUGCCAUUGAGGAACGCGGGCGAAAAAAGCAAAACGACUAUGCCCAUGAGAAUGAUAGAAGACGAAAUGCCGCAGACGAUGCUCGUCUAUCAUUUAACUUUGCCUUUGCCCCAUGGCGAGCGUCCGGUGCGCGCCAACGAUUUUCAAUCGGUUUUCCUUCCCCUAAGCGCACACUCAUACCACGAGAUACGGCUUCGGGGCUCGACAGUUCCAGGUUGGGCACACAGGCAAACCCUUCGAAUUCAAAUAACGGCACACUCUACAGGGAAUUUGUGGACACGGUAUUAAACGACAAAACUAACGCCCUUCUCAACACAUUAGUCCGACAAGAGAAGGAGCAGAAUCAAGUCCCCACUCGAAUCUGUGUUGUUGACGGUGAAGCUUAUAGUAUCACCUCUAUGCCCACGCUUUCUGCAUGUAGUCACGACCCCAACUACUGUGCAGAAUGCUACCAGCGCUGGCUCACCGCCCAACUUGAAGACAGCAGCUGGCACGAAGCCAGAUGUCCAGAGCACGGAUGCAACGCCAUACUCACCUACCCAGAGAUCCAGCAGCACGCGAGCCAAGAAAGCUUCGAGCUAUACGACAAAUUCCUCACGCGGGCAGCGUUGAACCAAGAUCCCGACUUCCGAUGGUGCAGGGCCUGUGAAUCAGGCCAGGUACAUGAUGGCGGCGGCGUGGAGAACAACAUCUUCACUUGUGUUGCGUGCGGCGACAAAGUGUGCAUCUUGCACAACACAUGGCACGAAGACGAGACGUGCCGGGAAUACGAAUACCGUGCUUCAGAGCAGCAGCAACGGGAUCGAAAUGCACAGGAAGAAGCCAGUCUGGCGGCCAUUGCUCAGUGCUCGAAGAAGUGUCCUGGACCGGGGUGUGAGUAUAACAUUGAGAAGAAUGAUGGUUGUGACCACAUGACGUGUUCGAAUUGCAACUAUCAGUUUUGCUGGUUGUGUCUUUGUGAUUAUGAGAAGCGAUGGUGUGUAACUGUGAGUCGCACUGCGGAAGGCAUAUAUGGCGCCACUGUCCAGUACAUGCUCGGUUUAGGAUCUGUAUCAUUCUCGCCGAUGCGAAGCUCAUGUCGGCUGAGUAGUAUCAAAUCGAAGUAG